GGCAUUUCCUCUUUGGUGCGCUGCCUGUCUGCAGUAAGUGAUGAAGCGGUAGCAGAGUAUGCUGCAGCUCGACUAACUUAUCUUUCGCUAGAAAUAAAAUAAUAUUAACACGUCUACAAGAUGCUUCGGGUGGUUGUGGAAUCCGCAAGCAAACUCCCCAAAGGCAGCUUUGGAACACCCGAUCCAAUAACCACUGUUAAUUUCAAGGAUGAAAAGAAGAAAACCAAAUCAAUUAAUAGUAAUUUAAAUCCUGUUUGGAAUGAGGUCCUUGAAUUUGACCUAAAGGGUUUACCUCUGGAUUCCUCCUCAUUCAUCACUGUUACAGUCAAAGAUUUUGAAACCAUCGGAAAAGACAAGUUUAUCGGUUCCACAACAGUCUUCCUAAAGGAUUUAGCAAGUGGUCAAGUGAAGACCCUUCCUUCCAAGAAUUUGGCUCUCCUGAAUGAAAAGAGUCAACCAACUGGAGGAACAAUUGACCUUAUAAUCGCGUAUGAACCACCGCCAUCUACUGCCCUUCCAAAUCCAAAUGACCCGACAGCCAACUCUCAGGAUUCUGGAGGAACAGCUGGAGAUGGAGAUGAAGGCGAUGAAGAGUAUGGUGAUGGCGGGGGAGGGGGAGGGGGAGGGGGAGGUGUUCCAGCAUCGCCCUCUGCUGGACAACCUGGGAACCAGCUCCAGAAAAGGCUUGGGAGAAGUAAGAAAAACCGCAGAGUCCUAUCCAACAAACCACAGGAUUUCCAGAUCCGUAUUCGAGUCAUUGAGGGUCGGCAAUUACCUGGAAACAACAUUAAGCCUGUAGUCAAGGUUAAUGUCUGUGGUCAGACACACAGAACAAGGAUUCGAAAGGGGAACAACCCCUUUUUUGAUGAGAUUUUCUUCUACAAUGUUAACAUGUUGCCAUCAGAUCUCUUUGAUGAAUACAUAAGCAUUAGGGUAUAUGAUUCAUAUUCUUUGAGAGCAGACAGCCUCAUGGGGGAAUUCAAGCUCGAUGUUGGGUAUGUCUAUGAUGAACCUGGUCAUUCCGUUAUGAGAAAGUGGCUGCUUCUCAAUGACCCGGAUGAUUCCACAUCGGGAGGGAAAGGAUACCUCAAAGUCAGCAUGUUUAUCGUUGGGACUGGAGAUGAGCUGCCGGUGGAGAACAGGGACACAGAUGGAGACCAGGAUGACAUUGAGAGCAAUCUACUGCUGCCCGCAGGGGUCUCGCUACGAUGGGUCACUUUCAUGCUAAAGCUGUACAGAGCUGAGGAUAUUCCACAGAUGGAUGAUGCGUUUGUGCAAAGUGUGAAGGAGAUGUUUGGAGCUGAGAAUAACAGGAAGAACCUUGUAGAUCCGUUUGUGGAAGUCUGCUUUGCAGGCAAAAAAAUUUGCAGUAAGAUAAUAGAGAAGAAUGCAAACCCAGAUUGGAACCAAGUCGUCAACCUGCAGAUCAAGUUUCCCUCGAUGUGUGAUAGAAUAAGACUGACUGUUUUUGACUGGGAUCGACUGACAAGAAAUGAUGCUGUUGGAACAACAUACUUAAAUAUUUCCAAAAUAGCAUCACCUGGUGGGGAACUUGAAGACUCAUCUUCGGGAUAUGGGGCUUCUCCAGCAUCUGAAGCUGAAAAUACAGGGGAGUCAGAUGGGGGUUUUUUGCCAGCCUUUGGACCUUGUUAUGUAAACCUCUAUGGGAGUCCGAGAGAAUUUACUGGGUUCCCUGACCCUUAUGAUGAUUUAAACUAUGGGAAGGGUGAAGGGGUUGCCUACCGUGGCAGAGUGCUGGUUGAACUCACAACUAAACUGGAUGCAAAAGAUGACAAAAAGAUUGAUGACAUUCCCAAUGAUGACAUCUUAGUGGUGGAGAAAUACCAGCGCAGGCGAAAGUACAGCAUGUCUGCUGUGUUUCAUACAGCUAAUAUGCUGCAGGAUGUGGGGGACCCAAUUCAGUUUGAAGUCAGCAUCGGAAACUAUGGCAACAUAUUUGAUAGCACUUGCAAGCCACUGGCUUCCACAACUCAGUACAGCUGUGCAGUGUUUGAUGGUAACUUCUACUACUACUUGCCAUGGUCCAACAUUAAGCCAGUUGUUAUACUCACUUCGUACUGGGAGGACAUCAGUCACAGGAUGGAUGCUGUAAACAUUAUUGAGAAUAUCACAGACCGACUGCAAAAUCACAUUUCUAGUUUGAAAACGGCCCUGCUGGCUAAAGUUUCAGAUACACGUCUGGCAGAGAUAUGGUUGAAGCUCGUCAAUCAGGUCAUAGAGGAUCUUGACAGUAACCCUGUGCCAGAACUGGAGGGAAAGGCCAACCUUACCACCCUUGACAUUCAGAUCAGGAAGAUGAGGGUUAACGCACUCAAGUAUAUUAAAGAUUCCGCCAUCCGGAUGAGAGAAGAGGCCACUGAUGUGAAGACCACCUUGAUGGAGAUUGAGGACUGGCUGGAGAGAAUGACGGGGCUAGUUGAUGAGCCUCAAAACAGCAUGCCUGACGUGAUCAUUUGGAUGUUGCGUGGAGAGAAGAGAGUGGCCUAUGCACGCAUUCCUGCUCAUCGGAUCAUGUACUCAACCACCAGUGAACAGGCAUGUGGCAAAUACUGUGGGAAGACUCAGACCAUAUUUAUGCAGUAUCCAAUGGACAAAACCAAAGGAAUCAAACUGCCAGUUCAGUUACGAGUCAAUAUGUGGUUUGGACUGUCUGCCCAUGAAACUAAGUUUAAUAGCUUUGCAGAAGGAACCUUCAGCGUGUUUGCAGAAAUGUAUGAAAACCAAGCCCUUGUUUUUGGAAAAUGGGGCACCACAGGUCUUGUGGGACGCCACAAGACUUCUGACGUCACCGGGAAGAUCAAGCUGAAAAGGGAAAGCUUCAUGCCUCCGAAGGGCUGGGAAUGGGAGGGAGACUGGUUUGUGGACCCAGAGAGAAGUUUGCUGACAGAAGCUGAUGCGGGUCAUACAGAGUUUACAGAUGAGGUUUUCCAGAAUGAGACCAGGUAUCCUGGAGGGGAGUGGAAACCAGCAGAGGAACCCUACACAGAUGUGAAUGGUGAGAAGGCACAGGGUCCCAGCGAGAUUGAGUGCCCCCCUGGCUGGAAGUGGGAGGAAGCCUGGAGUUUUGACACCAACAGAGCUGUGGAUGAACAUGGCUGGGAGUAUGGCAUAACCAUACCUCCUGAUAGCAAGCCCAAAUCCUGGGUGCCAGCAGAAAAGAUGUACCACAUCCACCGACGAAAGAGGAUGGUACGACCACGCAAGAAGGAGUCAAAGGCCAGUACACCUUCAGAGAAAAUGGCCGCUCCACUAGGUGAUGCAGAGAGCUGGGAAUACACUUCCCUUAUUGGUUGGAAGUUCCACAGGAAGCAGCGGACAACAGACACCUUCCGGCGCAGGCGCUGGAGGAGGAAGAUGGCUCCGUCGGACCGCCUUGGUGCCUCUGCCAUCUUCAAACUUGAAGGAGCACUCGGAGCUGACAUUUCUGAUGUAGAUGAGAAAGGCAAAAGCAAGGAUACAGCAACUUCCAUGUUUGGUGCAAACACUCCCACGGUUUCCUGCAAUUUUGACAGGCCUUUUGCUUAUCAUCUUCGAGUCUAUGUUUACCAGGCCAGAAACCUUUUGGCUUUGGAUAAAGAUAGCUUUUCAGAUCCGUAUGCUCAUGUGUCGUUUCUGCAUCUGAGUAAAACCACAGAGACAAUUCCUGCCACCCUAAAUCCAACCUGGGACCAGACCCUGAUCUUCAAUACUGUUGAGAUCUAUGGGGACCCUCAGGCAGUGGCCCAGAACCCACCCAAUGUGGUUUUCGAGCUGUUUGAUAAAGAUCAAGUGGGUAAAGAUGAACCCCUGGGCAGAAGCGUGUGCCCUCCUCUGGUAAAACUCAACCCAGAAACAGGGGUGAGCCCGAGGCUGCUCUGGUAUCCCGUUAUGCAUGGAGACAAGAAAAGUGGAGAUCUUCUUGUGGCUGCUGAGCUUAUAAUGAAGGACAAGCCUGAUGGGUCAAAUCUGCCUAUAGUGCCUCCAAAAAGAGCAGCAAAACUCUACAUGGUGCCCCAGGGUAUCAGACCAGUGGUCCAGCUCACAGGCAUUGAGGUUCUGACAUGGGGUUUGCGAAACAUGAAAAACUUCCAACUAGCAGCCGUUUCUUCUCCGAGUCUCAUUGUGGAGUUCGGUGGGGAAAUUGUUCAGUCAGCAGUCAUCAAGAACAUUCGGAAGAAUCCCAACUUUCCAGGAUCGGUGCUCUUCUUUAAAGUGCUUCUUCCAAAAGAAGAAAUGUACACCCCUCCCAUAGUGAUUAAAGUGAUUGACCACCGGCCAUUUGGACGGAAACCCAUCGUGGGACAGUGCACCAUAGACUCACUGGAGGCGUUCCGCUGUGACCCCUACACCACCAGAGCGGAGGUUGCAAUGUCCUCGAAAGUGGCCCUUAUGGCUGCCCCUCAAGAUGUAGCCAUUGACAUGGAAGAUAGAAGGCCAUUACUGGAGACUCAGGUAGGUGAAAAUCAACUAAACACGAGUAAGUUUUACUCCUCUCUUGGGGAACAUGAGAAGUGUGGGCCGUAUCUCCAGAAAGGCUAUGACACUUUGAAGAUCUUUCAUAGCGAGUUAGAGAACGUUCCGGAAUAUAAGGGGUUAACAGACUUCUGUGAAACCUUCAAGCUGUACAGGGGAAAAUCAGGGGAAGAUGAUGAAGACCCUUCAGUGGUGGGAGAGUUUAAGGGUUUGUUCAAGAUCUACCCCUUGUCCGAUGACCCUAGUGUCCCUGCGCCCCCUCGUCAGUUCAGGGAGUUGCCUGACAGCGGACCCCAAGAGUGCAUCGUCAGAAUUUACAUCAUCAGAGCCAUUGACCUGCAGCCCAAAGACAGCAAUGGCUUGUGUGAUCCGUAUAUAAAAAUUUCUUUGGGUAAGAAAGUUGUGGAGGACAGAGAUCACUAUGUCCCUAACACAGUGAACCCAGUGUUUGGCAGAAUGUUUGAACUUACCUGCUUCAUCCCUCAAGAGAAAGACCUAAAGAUUUCAAUUUAUGACUUUGACCUGAUGAGCCGUGAUGAGAAAGUAGGGGAGACGGUGAUUGACCUGGAAAAUCGUUUACUUUCACGCUUUGGUUCAUAUUGUGGAUUACCGCAGACCUACUGCAUCUCAGGGGUCAAUCAGUGGCGUGAUCAAAUGAAACCAUCUCAAAUACUGCAAAAUUUGUCCAGACUGAGAGGCAUCCCUCCACCGGUUAUUGCAGAGAAUGGCAAAACGCUGUCCCAUGCAGGGCGUGAAUAUACACUGGAUGAAUUUGAGGCCAACAAAGAAAUCCACCAACACCUGGGCCCACCAAAUGAGCGCCUGGCUCUGCACGUCUUGAGAACACAGGGGCUGGUUCCUGAGCAUGUGGAGUCCAGGACUCUCUACAGCUCUUUUCAGCCCACAAUCUCACAGGGAAUUCUUCAAAUGUGGGUUGACGUGUUCCCAAAGAGCCUUGGUCUCCCUGGACCUCCAUUAGACAUCACACCUCGCAAACCUAAAAAGUUUUUUCUGCGCGUUAUUAUUUGGAACACAACAGAGGUCAUUCUGGAUGAAACCAGCAUCACAGGAGAAGAAAUGAGUGACAUCUAUGUUAAAGGAUGGAUGCCAGGCAUGGAAGAAAAUAAGCAGAAGACAGAUGUUCACUUCAGGUCACUUGAUGGGGAUGGCAAUUUUAACUGGAGGUUUGUGUUCCCAUUUGAAUACCUGCCAGCCGAACAACUGUGCCUGGUUUCCAGAAAGGAACAUUUCUGGAGCCUGGACAAAAGUGAAUUCCGGACACCUGCAAAGCUGAUUAUUCAAAUCUGGGACAAUGAUAAAUUCUCUUUGGAUGAUUACUUAGGUACACUUGACCUGGAUUUGAACAAACUAACGCCUCCUGCCAAAACCCCGAAGAAGUGCCACUUGGAAAUGGUCACUGACAUCAAGGGACCUGCCUCACACAAAUCUCCCCAUGAUACCUCUCUCUUCACACAAAAAUCAGUGAGGGGCUGGUGGCCGUGUAUGUCAGAGGUGGAUGGAAAACGAACCCUAACUGGUAAAGUUGAAAUGACACUGGAGAUUCUCACUGAGAAAGAGGCUGAGGAAAGACCUGCUGGGAAAGGGAGAGAUGAACCCAACAUGAAUCCAAAGCUGGAUCCUCCAAACCGACCAGAAACGUCCUUUUUCUGGUUCACUAAUCCGUGCAAGACGAUGAAGUUCAUUGUGUGGCGCAGAUUUAAAUGGGUCUUUAUUGGCAUUAUCAUUCUAAUACUCGUGCUACUUUUCCUGGGAAUACUCUUCUAUUCAUUACCGAACUACAUUUCAAUGAAAAUUGUGAAACCCUUUCAGUAAAUCCUAAGGAAAAAGCGAAACCCUUCAAGAUGGAAUGAAUGACACAUGCUGCUCUCCGAAGCUUGACGCGAAAAUUGUUUUUUUUUGUUUUGGUUGUUUUUUCUUCAGGCAAUAGCUAAAGCAAUCAAAACCCUUAUUUUAGUUUGCAACAAAUUCUGAGUUUAGAGACAGUACUAAAUUGGGAGUAAGAGACAAUGCAUUUAGCUAGAUUUACUUCUAUUCUUAUGGUAAAUUGGUUACUUUGGGCCUACAUUACAUUGAAUUGAAUACAUACAUAUUAUUGUCUUGGCUUUUUAUUCUUAACAGGGCAAUUGGAAGAAGCAAUGUCAUGACCCCUAAAUCAAAUAAGUUACACUGCAUGUGGUGAAGGGAGUUAAAAAAUAAAUAAAAUAAAUAAUAAAAAUGUGUAGCUAGCUCUGUGUGUGUUUUGCACUUUAAAAGAUAACUACCAAUUUUAGCUUUUCAUUCAUUUGACCAACCACACAAUUCCUGCUACAUUUAAUGGUGCUUUGCAUAGUCCGUUAACGUCUGACAAUUUCUGUGUUGGCACCAUGUAGAGCGAGAAACAGUGGCAUAAAAACACCUGCAGAGAUGCCUGAGGACCAAAUGUUUAGUGUAAUCUUAAACAAAUGACUUUAAUGUAAAAAAACCCCACUAACAUCUGGUUUCACAGAUCCCAUUUGGUGUUACCUUACCUAUCAUAAAAGGAGGUGGUCCAAGAUUAGUGCUAUCGGAGCCUGUGUAACCAGUCAUAGAAAUAAUUGAUGCUCCCAGAGCAAUGACCACAUAUCUCAACUUUUUUAUUUGCUUUCACGUUUAAUUCUUUGACCUCACUGCAAUUUAUAGCAGAACCUUCCCCAAUAUAUCAACCUGCUGUGUGUUACAAUGAAAAGCAAUUACAUUUUCUACAUUAACUACUGUGUAUAGGCACAAAGCUAACCUGUACUGGCAAGUACAAUAUGAUGAAUACUGAUUUGACUGAAAAGCCACAGAAUUAAGGUUUUGGUUUACUAUCAUAAAUGCUUAUAAAGGUUCAUAUUGGAACACAAUAUAUAUUUAAAAAGAACAUCCCCACAUAGAGCUAAGAUGGAUUUGAUGUAUUUUCUAAAAGCUUAAUAGUAUUAAAAAAAAAAAGAAAAAUCACUAAAUGUAAGAAACCACUACAUAUUUACUUUGUACUACCUCUUUACAGUGCAUAUUAUACUCAGAAAGCACCACACAGAGAUGCUUACAAUUAAUUACUGAUGCAUUUAAGUUCACCCAUGAUUGUUUUAACACAUAUGGGAGGGUUGCACUGUAUUCUAUCAUUUCUAGCAUUUCUUCCUGCCAGUGAUUUUUCUACAAUAGCAAAAUACUGAAGAACAAUUGAAGCCCACCAUAUACAGUAUAACACAAUAUACCUGCAUAUUUAAAAAUGAAAUGUUGAAUGUAUUGCCUACAUUGAACAGAGAUUCAAAUGCUUACCUGUCCUGUUAUAAUUUUGUGUUUGCAUGCUCUGGAGGCCUCUCAAUUGCAAUGCCCAAUAUGGCUGCCAGGCCAUUAAAUGUUUCAAUUGCUGAAAGUUUUCAAAUAUGAUUUUUUUAAAAAAAUCCUAUUGCUGACCCUGUCUGUAUUUAAAAAAAAAAAAAAAAAAAAAAAAAAAAAAAAAAAUUAUAGUAGUUUAUCUUUUUUGUAACUCUUACUGUUUUACCAAAGGUGGUUUACUGCAUUUAUUGAAAAGGGCCAUUACCUAUAAAUGUAAUAGUCUAAACUAAAUGUAACUCUGAUAAUAAAGGCUUUAGGUAGAGUAUAUGAAUUGUUUCUGAAGGAGCCACAGAAAUGUGGAUCAAAUCAUUUUAAGGAGCCACAGAAAUGUGGAUCAAAUCAUUUUAAGGGUCGAUUUAGGAUAAACUGCAGCUGAUUUAUUUAGCAUUUUACAACACUGGGGACUCUCCUUGGGUUGCAUCUUGCACCUCUCCAUGGUUAUGCUGGAAUGAAAUACAGAUGGAUUCCCUGGUACUGUGAAAUGCUGUAAUAAAAUCCAGCUGUGAUUUUAUCCAGGAGGGGUAUGGAUUGAUCCUAUCAACCCUAAUGUUCUUAUAUGUAUGCUUAUAACUGAGGAAUUGUACUUUUGAUGUAAGUGGAAUUAUGGUGGUUUCUUUUUUUAAAUCCAUGCAUCGUUAUAUAAAAAAAAUUAAAAAUAAAUGUCAUGAAACAUUGUUUUUGGAAACUAUUAAUAAAGGUCCAAAGUGCUGUUUUAA